AUGUACUCUUCUGCCCAGUAUUCGGCUCCUCCGCCGGGGUACAUGCCCUACGACUACAUGCGAAGCCCGCCCGUGUCCCCGACUCCCAACGGGCCCAGCUAUUACUCGACCCGGUACUCGGUCCCUACCGGAACCCCGUCGCCGCGAGCAUCGCCAAAGCACCACUCUCGCCGCGCCAGCCAGUACGAACCGACGACGUACGUUCACUCGCGCGUCCCGCCGCAGUACGCAUACUCGUACGCUUCGCCGCGCUAUACCUCGCGCGAAUCGACGCCGCAAAGCGCCUACGAAUAUGUAAGUGGCUCCCGUACACGACCACGGAGUCGCAGUUACUACGCUUCGGACGGCGCGUCCUGCGGCAAGUCUUGCGACUGCAGGAACUGCGCCUGCGGUGACAGAGAUCGCUCGGCUCGUUCGCAAUCCUACCGCAAGGGGGCCGUUGACGACGGCUAUGACGACUACGCCAACCGCGGCAGCCCGCCGCCGCCAUACGAGUCGCACCAAAGCUAUUCGUAUAAAGAGACUUACGAGAAGCCAUACACCCAGGUCCCGGAGUACAAGGAGGCCGACGCGCCGCGCCCGCGCCCUCGCCGGGCAACCACGUCGCGCCCCACGGCCAGCUCGACACCCAAGCGCCCGCCGCCGGCAAAGGCGACGCCCAAGGCCACUGACGAUGACGCGCGCCGUGCGGGCAUUCCGGCGGGCUACUCGUUCAAGAACUGGGACCCUACCGAAGAGCCGAUCCUGCUCCUCGGAAGCGUAUUCGACGCCAACUCGCUCGGCAAGUGGAUCUAUGACUGGACCGUGUUCCACCACGGGCCGGCGACGCCCAUGUCGGAGAUCGCCGGGGAGCUGUGGCUGUUGCUCAUCCAAUUGGCGGGCAAGGUCAAGCGAGGCGAGGAGGGCAUGCCCAAGAUCCGGGUGCAAGAGAACAGGGAAACGGUCGAGGAGUUCUUGGAAAGUGGCGAAAGGCUCUGGAGCCGGUUCAGCAAGCUGCUCAAGGUGUGCGAGGAUUACAUGUGGAAGGCGGCCAAGCGUGAGGCGGGCGACAAGAAGCCCGUCUCGAUGGGCAAGAACUCGGGGACCGAGUUUGUCGACACCGUCUUCGGGCGCGACAGGGAACUGGAGAGGACGGAGAAGUUGAUGACUGCGAUGCGGCUUUGGUCGAUGCGGUUCGACGCCAAUUGCGAGGAGAUCCUUCGCUACCCUUCUGCUUAG